AUGCCACGACUUCCACCAUGGCUUCUCCAGCAAGCCAAACAACGCUCCCGCAAUCUGGCUGCUUUGGUUCCUGCAUGUCGCGACAUUCAAUCCGCCAAAAAUGAGCUCCGCUGGCUCACAGAGUAUGCGAGGGAGACAACGACGCACUCAGACAGCAAGGCUCAGCGACUCAGGUUACUUUGCCAGCGACGACGUCGUGGGGUGCCUCUGCAGUAUAUUCUCGGCUCUCAGCCUUUUGGACCCCUGGAUAUUAAAUGCAGGUCGGGCGUGCUCAUCCCUCGCCCGGAGACAGAGGCCUACACAUACCACCUUGUUGAUCUGAUCAAGACGGGAGAAAUUUUGGGUAGCAAGUCAAGCAAUGAUACUGCCGAGUUGAGCAUAGUUGACCUUUGCACGGGCACAGGCUGCAUUCCUUUGCUUUUGUAUACUUUGCUUCAGCCAUCUUUUCGGCGCUUACGUGUUCGAGGAGUUGACAUUUCGCCCCAGGCAGUCGGCCUCGCAAAGCUCAAUGUCCACCAUAAUGCCAAGCUAGGCAAUAUUGCGACUUCUCAGCCUGAUCAAAAGCUUGAUAUCUUGAGGGGUGACAUCUUCAAGGACCAAGAUAUUACCCCUGUAGCCCAAACUCCUUGCGACAUAUUGCUGUCAAACCCACCAUAUGUCUCCCAAAGGGCCUGGGAUUUUGGCCAGGGGGGUCUGGGAUAUUCUGUUCGCAAGUACGAACCGCGCUUAGCCCUUGUUCCAAAUCAUGAUUUGCCUGUUCCAGCUGGAUGGCUGCACGAAGAUGUGUUUUACUCUAGACUGCUGGAUAUCGCCAUGUUACUAAAACCGAGUGUCGCGCUUCUCGAACUGGGAGAAGAAUCACAAGCUCGUCGUAUAUUAGGCCGUUUAUUUCAACACAGAGUAGCAGAGUUCGUCAUGGCUGAGGUUUGGCGCGAUUGGCCAGACCUAACCGCGGCUGACGGAGAAGCAGCAGAGCUUGUUGUGGAAUUGAAUGAUAUGUCUCGAAGGAUUCCGGUAAGAGGACGGGGCCAGAUUCGGUCAAUUCUACUACGCUUGCAAUGGGAUAUUUAG